AGAACAGGUACCAUCAUACAAAGGUCUCUCUCCACAAGUGCCUUCUAACACUAUAUUUCCAGCAUUCGAUAUAAAGGCCAAGGCGGUAUCUUCACCCUGAAGUUUUCAUCAUAGCAACUGUUGAGCCUUAAAGACAGAUAGCUUCACGCGACGGUAUCUCCACAAGUGGUUUCUGACAGCACAGUUUCUAGCACUCGAAAUGGCUCCCGUUCAGAACGAGGUGAAGGCGCCUUCGUCCGAGGUCAAGUGCUGCCGCUGCGGAGGGUCGAAGGGUUCGUGGGACAUGUUCCUUCCUAUCACUCAAAGGGGAAGCUUCUUCCAGGACUCCUUCUUCUCCAACAUGCAGCAGCACUUCGACGCCGCCGUCAGGCAGGUCCUGGACCAGUGGAGCGGCUCUGACCUCAGGAUCACAGACCGCACGGAGGACGCGAACAUCCGCCACGGCGAUGUCCUUGGCCGCUACAGAAGGCUUCGAUCCGUCGACCUGAAGGAGGAGAACCAGGCUGUCACUGUCACGUCGGAUGACACCAGUCACAAGGUGGUGCUGGACGUGCAUGAGUUCCUGGGAGGAGACGUGAGGGUGAAGGUGGUUGGCGAGAGGGAGCUGCAAGUGGAAGGACGCGUGGACAGGAAGGAGGAAGGAAGUCCUUGCGUGACUUCGCACACCUUCAGACGCCGCUUCUCCUUGCCACGUCUCACCGACAUGACGGCCAUCACUUCUGCCAUGUCGUCAGAUGGCGUCCUCACCAUCACAGUGCCUAAACUGGAAAACGAAGAUCAGAAGACCACCAUCAUCCCCAUCAAGGUCGAAGAGACACAGAAGAAUUCACAGGCAAAUGCUUCCAUGACAUCAGGGGCUCAAGGUACACACAAACAGGAAUUCAAAUGCGAACAUUGCAGUCGGGAAGUCGUCUGCAACAAGGAAGGUGUUGGCGAAACGUGUCUCAAGAAAGAGAGCGAUUCCUUCGUUGGACACAACUUCCUUCCCAUCGUGCGCAGAGGACUCUUCUUCGACGAUUCCUUCUUCCAGGAAAGCCGGAAGGAUUUCCAGAGGGCGGUGAAGGAAGUGUUGAACAAGUGGGGAGAACAGUCCUCUAUUGGCGACGACCUAACGCGCUACAGAAGUCUCCGAAGUCGUGACUUGAGAGAAGAAAACCAGGCUGUCACAUCCUCAGAGGAUGAACGUCAACAUAAGUUCGUUCUCGACGUGAAAGACUUCAGUGACGGCGGAGAGAUCAGCGUGAAGGCUGUGAGCGACUGGUGGUCGAAGGCCGCAAGGAGAAGCAGGGAGACGGGUCGAGGUGUUCUCAGCGGUUCCUUCGGCGCUUCGUCGUUCCUGGAGACAUCCAGCUGGAUGGCGUCACCUCAGUCGUGUCUUCAGACGGUGUGCUCACCAUCUCGGCUCCUAAGAAGCAGUCGAGGCUCCAAAUCCGGGAAGUACCUGUCCCCAUUCAAAAUGAGGGGCAGAAAUCUGGUACUUCUGGCACUGCCGUGAAAACGCAGAUACCAAGUCCAACGAUGCUUCAUCAGCAUCUUCUUCUCAA